UGCUGCCAGGACAGACAUACUGAAGAAGGAAGGGCAUGCCUGAGCAGGAACAUAUUCUCAAGAGACAGGGCCUGUGUCCACUAUACCAAGCCUCAAACCCCUAUCUGCAAGACAUCCAAGCCUUCCAGCAAAAGAGGUUCCUGAAUCCCUUUCAUAAUGAACUGGCACAUGAUAAUCUCUGUGCUUAUUGUAGUGGUGCUUAAAGCUGUUGGAGUGACCUUAUUUCUGCUCUAUUUCCCACAGACUUUUUGGAAAAGUAAUAAUGGCAUAAAUCCUACUGGGAGCUACGGAACAGAUAAUGUGUAUAAUGUCUCACAGAUUUUUGAGAGCAGUACUGAGAGCUUCAUUCCCACAAGGAGCUAUGGAACAGCCUGCCCCCCACAGUGGCAGAACUUCAAUCAAAAAAGAUGUUUCUUCUUGUCCACCUCUGAAUCAACCUGGAGCAACAGCAGGGAUGAUUGUAUCAAAAAAAGAUCAACUUUGGCAAUUGUCAACACACCAGAGAAACUGAAAUAUCUCCAAGACAAAACUCAUACUGAGAAGUAUUUUAUUGGCUUAAUGUAUCAGCCUGCAGAGAAUAAAUGGCGCUGGAUCAACAACUCUGUGUUCAAUGGCAAUGUCACCAACAAGAAUGAAAACUUCAACUGUGUUACUAUAGGCUUGUCAACAACAUUUGAUGCUGCAUCAUGUGAAGUCCCCUACCGCUGGAUCUGUGAGAUGAUUCCCAGAUGAUCACAAUCCUCUUUGACAAGAACGAAUAUACUUACAGAGAUAGCAAAAGAGAAUAGUUACAAUUGAGACUGGUCCAGGAAAUACAGAGCAUCAAAUCACUUUGCCAGCCUUCUACAGGUUACUGGCAGAGCUCCCUAAUGAAUCUUCAGGGCUAAUGCACCUCAGGGCUAAAAGUCUAAUACCCUUUAACUAGUAGACUUAUACACACAACACCAGGAAAACCUCCCAGUUCUGAGCCAGCUGUUACCCUGGACAGCAUUUCCUGAGAGUUGAAACUGACUCUGAGGAUCCUCACGGUUCAUCUAUCCUGUGAUUCUUAUUAUCUGUCCACCAGGUGAGGUGAAUAAAUAGGAGGGGGAUGAACUCAGCUUCUGCAGUCUUAUCUCUGUUCACCAGAGAGCCCAAUUCACAUGUCUGCCCCUGACAGCUAAGAAAACAGAUGUUCUCAGUCUACACUGGGGUCAAGACUUGGGGGCAUCGGUAGCCCUAGAACUAACUGAAAAGAACACUGCUGAACUAACUGAAAAGAACAUUGCUGGAGAAGGGUGCAGACAGGACAGGAAUCUACUCAGAGAUCCCUCUGAAGAGAACUAGACAGUCAAGGGGGCUACGCAAGCCAGAUCUCUGUUCUUCAACAAAGCCUGAUGAGACACUAAAGCUAAAACUUUUCUUGUCCCUGUUAUGAAGCUCCAUUAUAGCAUACAUAACUCAUUUGUAACCAAAAUUUAGGAGGGCAGAUUUUUUUCCAUGUGUAGGUUUUGAUUACCUAACAGUACUUGUUGAGAAAAUUUUAAGAAUUGAGGAUAGUCUUUUAUACUUCAAUGGUCACAAAAUACUCUUUCAUUCAGUGCUAGAGAAGCUGUUACAAUAGGCACUGACCCAAAGAAUCCUUGGCAUUAGUUGGCAUCAUACUGGGCUAUCUCUGGUCCAGCUGGGUGGAGACAAGGAGUGGGCACAGAAAAGAAAGGACAAUGGGAAAAAGGAAAUCAUAUAAGAAAUGGAGUUCAUUUGGUCAUAAUGGAAAAAACAAAAUAAAGUAGCAAAAUUCUUGGGACACCUUGGCUCUUUUCUGCACUGACAAGAAGACAUUAACUACACAUACACCUCACAAUACAAAAACUAGAAAAAGAUGUUCCUUGUAUGUCUUGAGUAACAAGAGUUAAACCAUAAGAAUGACUAUAUAAAACUAAUGGAAAUUAAA